AGAUUUCCUACGUGCAGUCUGACGUUGUCUGCUCCAUAAUAGACAUACUGUUCGCAGGGAUCUGUGCAUAAUAAGAGGAACAUGGUCCAUACAAAACAUACAAAAACGUGUUUUUUCGUAUUUUUCAGUAUCGCAUAUUCUUCCUCUAUUGUGCAGGCUCAGUAUGAGAAAUACAGCUUUAAAAGCUUUCCCAUGAACGACCUCAUGCCACUGGAGUCUGCGUACGGACAUGCUCUAGAGAUGUAUGCUACUCAGGAAUGGAAGCAAAGUCUUAAUUAUCUGGAACUAAGCCUGCGACUCCAUCGCCUGCUGAGAGACAGCGAAGCUUAUUGCAGUAGUAACUGUAGCACUGUGUGUAGGCAACAUGAAAACAACAGCACGGGCACUGCGUUCAGGAUAAUGGAACACAUCAUAUUGCGAGCCGCGUGCCUUAAAAUGUGCAAAACAAAUUUUCCCGUGUUUUCCAAAUCGUAUCCCAAACGAGAAACUUUGGCUGCAUUUGAAAAGAGGAUACCCUACCGGUAUCUUCAAUUUGUCUACUACCAGAUGAAUGAGUUGGAAAGAGCCGUUUCUGCAGCACACACAUAUCUGCAGCGAAACCCUGGGGACCCCCUUCUAUCUAGAAGUGUGAACUAUUAUAAAAGCCUUUUCGAUCUGGAAGAGUACCUCAUAGACCAUGAAGAAAAGCCCUAUGAGGCUUUAUUCCUGAAGGCUGUGAAGCUAUAUAAUUCUGGGGAUUUUAGCAGCAGUGCACGUGAUAUGGAACUGACAGCUGCUGAGUAUUUCACUAAAUACCAGAUGUGUUUGUUGUCCUGUGAAGGGUCAUAUGAUGUUCAGGAGUUCAAAGACUUUUACCCAGCCUUAGCAGAGCUGUAUUUUGAAGUAUUGCAGUGUAAAGUAAAAUGUGAGGAGAAUUUGAUGCCCAAUGUUGGUGGUUACUUUGUGGAGAAAUUUGUAGCCACAAUGUUCCACUACAUGCAGUUUGCUUAUUUCAAAUUAAAUGAUGCUCGCAAUGCAGCAUUGUGUGCAGCAAGCUAUAUGCUGUUUGAUGGAGAUGAUCAAGUGAUGCAGCAAAACAUGGCCUACUACAGAUUCUACAGAGAAAAGUGGGGACUGCAGGAUGAGCAUUUUAAACCACGUCCAGAAGCGUUUAAAUACUACAAUCUAGUUACCAAACUGAGGGAACUGCUGGAGUUUGCUAAUAAUUAUUUACAGACAGAUGAUGAGGAUACUGUGAGUGCAGAUGAGGCAGUUCUGUCGAAUCCUCCUGAUGAAGAGUUUGAGGGAAUCGGGGACUACGAGGAGUCUUUUUUGGCUGAAUGGUGGCAGGAACCCAAAACUAAAGGAGACACAGGAGAACCUGUAGAAUAAAAUGAAUGUUAUUAUUAUGGUGGUUAGAGAAAACCAACAUACUGUUAUACAACAUAAACUUCUCCUUCUGAGUCUAUUUUAAGCAUGCAUCUCCACCUAGACCUUUCAGACCAUAACCACCAAACUAUUCUAAAUUAAGUUGUAUCCUAAAAUAUUGGACCAAUUUUUUUGAGCUCAUAACUGCACCAGCCUGUCAUACAGAUUUAAGUGUGCUGUAUGUAAGUUUUUACUACAGCAAAAACAAUUUGAUAAUAUGUUAACAGAUAUUGAAGAAACAUAACAUGUAAACAUAAUUGUUUAUAUGCAAAGCAAAGCUAAAGUCAGUUAUUCUUCUUUGGAAAUGUGCAUUCCAUGUUGGAAUGUUUGUGUUUUUCUUACCUGCCCCACUUCCAGUUUAGCCAUUUAUGUCUCAGCUCUCUGGCAUGUCUUGUUUCAUUUCGUUCAUGAUGGCUGCUUCAAUGUAUAUGGCCACGUCUAAAAAAAAAAAAGCAAA